AUGCAGACACUGGUAACUAGGAUCGGUAUCCAGCGCAUCAUUGAUCCAGUGAGCACUCCAGAGUCAGUUGGGGUACUUGAUGCUGAAAUUCACCUUACCGCUAAGGGUCUUGGUGAUAGUAUAAUCGAAGGAAAUACGACACCAAGUCAGGAUAAAACAAAAGCUAUGAUUUUUCUUCGUCAUCAUCUUGAUGAAAGCCUGAAGGUUGAAUACUUUACAGUGAAAGAUCCACUUGAAUUGUGGAUAGGUUUAAAAGGGAGGUAUGACCACGUCAAGGCAACUGUAUUGCCAAGGGCUCGUUAUGAGUGGAUGCACUUACGAUUCUGGUCCAAAUUCACCACCGCGAAGCCCGAAAAACCAGAAUCGAAGUCAAAACUCUAUGCAACUGCUUGGCGCCUACGAAGGCUAGUCCGUCCUGCUGGAAGUGCUCCAUUACCAGAGGCACACGGGGCAGAAGCACAUGGCCAGUCUGAAAUAAGACAAAAUAAUCGAGGCUAUGAAAAUGUGUGUGGGCGUGUCAAGGGCAAAAGACGAUAUAAUAAUCGUCGAGGUGGUGGUCAUAACAAAAGAGAGAACAAUAUGGGUUCUCAAAAUAAUCCUUCUAAAGAAAAGGGCGAUUACUGUCAUCGUUAUGGCCUUAAAGGUAACUGGAAAAAUGAAUGUCGGGCACCUGAGCAUUUUGUUAGGCUAUAUCAAAAUUCCUUCAAAAGGAAAGGAAAUAAAGGUGGUGCCUCUUCUUCUAAUGCUCAGAUGGAGUCACAUUUGACUCUCAAAGAUGAUGUUUAG